AGGGAAAUGGCGGCAAAGGUUUCAAAUUUCUCGGAUUUGGUUCAGAGGGUGGCGGCUUCUUGCUUGCUGCACCCACUUGGCGCCGGCCGGAAUGGUGAAUUUGCAGCGAAUGGUGCUGGAGACGAGGAUGAUUUCAGUGAGCUUGAGUUGGAUGAGCCGGAAGAGGAAGUGAGAGAAGAGGAGGAGAAUGGUGGUGGAGGAGGGAUUAGGGUCCGGGAGGAGGGAUCAAGGAAGGAGGUAAUGGAGAUGGAGAUGGCAAUGUGGGAAGUGUUUGAUGCAGUUUCGGCAAUGAAGAAGGCCUACGCCGGCCUGCAGAUGGCGCAUAGCCCGUGGGACCCAGAGAAGAUGAGGGCAGCUGAUGUGGCAGUGGUGGGGGAGCUUAGGAAGCUUGGAGUGUUGAGGGAGAGGUUUAGGAGGAGAUGUUCUAGCGGUGGAGGUCGUAGAGGUGGAGGAGCAGUGGUGGGGGGUACGCUGAGGGAGGUGGUGGCUCCAUAUGAGGCAGCGGUUGAGGAGCUGAAGAAGGAGGUGAAGGCUAAGGAAGUGGAGGUUGAUAACCUAAAGGAAAAGCUGAGUAGUGUUGUUAAUGGCUCCAAUGGGAAUAAUGGCAAGAAGGGCAGAUCUAUCUCGAGGAGGAAGGUAGGUUGCAGUCAGCUUCAAGUUGUAGCUGCUCCAGCACCAGAUCUGUUUGUGGCAACAAUGAGCCAAGUGAAAGAGGCAUCAAAGUCCUUCACUUCAUUGCUCCUUUCUCUCAUGCGUGCUGCACAUUGGGACAUUGCCGCAGCUGUGCGUUCCAUUGAAGCUGCCACUGUCACUGCCAUUACUGCAACAUCUAUUAACACAUCCUCCCUUGUCACAACAACGCAGAAUGGCAAUGCCAAGUAUGCUCUCCAGUCCUACAUUUCCAGCAAAAUGUUCCAAGGCUUUGAUCACGAGACAUUCUACAUGGACGGUAGCCUCUCCUCGCUUCUCAAUCCGGAUCAGUACCGUCGAGAUUGCUUCACUCAAUACCGUGAUAUGAAGGCCAUGGAUCCGGCAGAGCUUCUUGGAAUCUUGCCCACAUGUCACUUCGGCAAGUUCUGCUCAAACAAGUACUUGGCCAUAGUUCAUCCCAAGAUGGAAGAGUCCUUGUUCGGAGACUUGGAUCAGCGACGCCAGGUCUUAGAUGGAAACCACCCCAGGAGUGAGUUUUACAGCCAGUUCUUAGGGAUGGCUAAAGCAGUCUGGUUACUGCACUUGCUGGCCUUCUCUCUUGACCCAACACCUAGUCAAUUUGAGGCUACUAGAGGUGCAGAGUUUCAUCCACACUACAUGGAGAGUGUUGUCAAGUUUCCAGGUGUACGGGUUCCUUCUAAUCAGGUUGUCGGAUUUCCUGUAACUCCUGGGUUCAAGCUCGGAAAUGGGUCUAUUAUCAAGGCCAGGGUUUACCUAGUUUCCAGGGAUUAGAGCUUUUUAACAUACAAGGAAACACAGUGUAGCCCUAAUGUUGCUAGAAUUUAGUCCUACACUCCUACUCCAAUAAAUGUUCAGCAGUGUAAUAUAAAAUGAAAGACGUGUUUCU